AUGGAAAAAUACUUGCAAGAUAUUAAAGAAUUUGAAGCGCAACAACUUCACAAAGCAGUGAAACACAAGGAAGAGGAAGAGAGAGAGCAGAAAUCUCAACUAAUAGCUGAGAAGUACGGCGCGGUUUUGAAGUCGAUAAGGAGGAAGGUAGAUAUGGAGGAACAACUAUUGAAAAAAGCUCAGCAGGAGCAAGAGGAACGAUAUCAAGAGAAACAGAAAGUACGGAAACAGCGUGCGGAUCAAAUGCGAGAGCAAGUGCAACGUUUCCGACUGGAGGCGUUAGCUACGAAGUCGAAGCAACUUCAAGAGGAAAGAGAUUUGAAAACGUGGGAGACGAUUCAAAGAUUUAAGAGGGCCGAGUUUGACGAAAAAUACAGAGACGAGGAACGAAAGAAAAAUUGGGAUAAAAAGAUGGAAUACGGGAACGAGAUAAAAAAGUAUAUCGUAAGUGUGAGAAGAUGUUAA